AUCUAUUGCCCCUAUUUCCUGUCACAUGGGUUGGAAAUAGGAUCCCUGCUUCUACUAUCUGUUCCCGUCUUUGUGGUGUCAGUGUAGUAGUAGUUGUGAGACCUGCCUUGAAGUUCAGGGACUUUUGACGCCGGUCAAAGAGCUACUCCUGCACAGACCCGGACAGUCAACCAGUCAGUCAGUCAAGUCCAGCAGCCCUCCGGUCUGCGCAUCCGUCCGUCAGGCUGCACUUCACCUGAGAGCCAGCUCAGACUCUUUAAUCACACGAUGGAUUCCUGGACAGUCACCUCUGCACUUCUUCUCGCUGGGGUUAUUUCUUCUGCGGCUUUUAGUAAUUUUGACACCGAGUGUUACACUGCCAAUGGAGAGGACUACAGGGGUUUCCAGAACCAGACCGGCCUGCAUGGUGGUAAACCCUGCCUCUUCUGGAAUGAGACCUUCCAGCACCCUUACAACACCCUCAAAUACCCCAAUGGAGAGGGUGGUUUGGGCAGACACAACUACUGCAGGAAUCCCGAUGGGGACGUUCAGCCGUGGUGCUACAUUGCAGAUCAUGAAGACGGGAUCUACUGGAGAUACUGUGACAUCCCAACAUGCCAGAUGCCUGGGAACUUGGGCUGCUUCAAAGACAGCGGUGACCCACCCACUCUGUCCGGGACGAGCGAGACCUCCAACAAACUCACCAUACAGAACUGUAUUAGCUUCUGUAGGAAGCAGAGGUACAAGCUUGCUGGAAUGGAGUCAGGAUAUGCCUGUUUCUGUGGCAACGAAGUGGACCCACAUGACCACGGCGAGUCGCCUAGCAUGGAGUGCAACCAUGUUUGUUUCGGUGACCACACCCAGCCCUGCGGUGGAGACGGCUGGGUCAUCAUCUUCGACACCCGAGUGGGGGCCUGCGGUGGGAACUAUUCUUCUCCAUCGGGAGUGAUCUACUCCCCUGAUUUCCCCGACAAGUACGGGGCUGGCCGUGUUUGCUACUGGACUAUACAGGUUCCUGGAUCCUUCGCCAUCCUCUUCAACUUCACCUUCUUUGACAUCUCCGACCAGACAGACAUGGUGGAGCUACUGGACGGCUACACCAACCAGGUGGUGGCACGCUUCGACUGGCGCAGCCCGCCGCGGGAGCUAGUGAACAUCACAGGCGACUUUGUCAUACUGUACUUCUACUCAGACCGCACCAACCAGGCCCAGGGAUUUGCCCUGCUCUACCAAGCACUGAGAAGCCAAGACACCAGAACAAUGGAGGCUGAAGGAAAUGAUGAGGAUGAAGGAAAGGACAUCCCAAGCACGGCGGGGCCCCAGCUUGCUGGCGGCGUCACAGAGAGAUCCAACAGCACCUCUAAAGGACGUUCCUCCCAGAUUCUCUACGUGAUCACGUCCAGCCCCGGUAAACCGGAGCACAACAUGCCAGGUCAGUGGGCUGGACGCGGCGAGACCACUGGACACAGCGCUAUGUGGACCAUUUACGCUCUGGCUGCUCUCCUCAUACUGACAGUCAUAGCAAUGGUGGCAAAGCUAUUGCUGCAUAUUACAGUCAAAUCCCAGAAUAUUCCAGCAGUCAGCGGUUCAGACAGCUGCAGCCAGAGCACGGCGUCCUCCGAGCCUUGGAUCAUCCUGUACCGACCCUCCACCAUCUCCCUCUUCAAGAAGAAGCUAAAGAACCACCAUGGCGACCUCAGCCCCCUGGUGGGUAACUAGCACCACUGCUGCGCUCCACCGUUAACCAAACGCUACCGCCAACCCACAACUACUCUGUACUAGGGCCAUCAGAUGCCAGACCCUCAGAAAAUGAAACUCUAUGAGGCGCUACGCUAACAAGCCAACAACUGAUUGGCUAAUGACAACUGAUGAGUGACUGCUACUAAAUGGCCCCUUGGGCUGAAGUGGCUGGACCCUCCCAUCCUGCUCAGCACCAAAGAGGAGGGGGACAGGCAGGGCUGUCAGUGACCUCACUGUGGGAGAGGAGAGCGAAGGAUUAGAUGGAGGAAGAUCUGCAGCUCUGAAAGAUUCAAGGACACUUUUAACAUGCGGGAAGCUUCUCUGGUCCUGCGAGGCUCUAUCUCCAUCACACCACGGACGUCCCUAACAAUCAACAUACCUCCAAAACUCCAUUCCAGACUACAGGUUUACCAGUGAAACGCAGCAACUUCACUGUCUGGUUUCAGUUUAGUUUGCCUCUUCCUGGUGCUUCAGUCACAGUGGUAACCGAAAUCUUCAUGAGUAUCAAGGAGAGGAUGAGGUCUUUGAUACACACGCACACACACGUGCUGUAACACUUAACAGUUUUGUAUAACUCUUCUAACUGCCUCAUAUGGACAAUGAACACUUGCAGCCAAAAACCAGAAUCCUCCCAUCCAAAGAGUUGUGUGUAUUUAUUUGUCACUUUGAUUCCAUAUGCAAAGUUUCUUUUUGAUGUGUUUUACGUGCAAACUAGCUUUCUGAGGUGGCAAAGGACAUGGAAACGUCACACGGAAGGUGGAUAUCACAGCACUUUGAAAAUGAAUCACUCGCCGUAAAAUGAAAAGAUCACAGAGAAAGAGAGCACUCUCGCCCACUCGUUCACUCAGCACUCAUGUGGAUUUGGGCGGGGAGAAGAAGUACCGUCGUUCACUGGGGGGGGUGGGUUGGUUGGCGCAGUUUGCAGACAAACUGCCAUUUAGGGAGGCUUGGGAAGAUCUGAGGGCUUUUUCUGCUCGGUUGUGGGUGGGAGUCUUUCCGGUUUGAUGAUGUUCAAGUGCCUUAAGGAUCUCCUUUUCCCUCGUCUCAGAUUCCUCACAUCUGUUUCUUUCACGAAGCAGUCUGGGGUCCCUCACAAGAGGCUGCACGGCUUUAAAAUCAGUGUGGAUGUGAAGAGUUUCAGUCCAAAAUAGGAUUUUCACCACUUAAAUGUAAAGUAGAAAAUGACGCCACAUCUUGUACAGUGAUUGGAAGCAUUAAGUAUUAGUCUUUUUACACAUAGUACACUCAACUGAACACCUCUCCAGACUGGAUCUUUUACAUUUUUGUUACAUGAUGGACAUUUGAUGAUAUUUUUUUUUCCAAAAUGAACACAUAGCCUUUUGGAUUAGAGCUCUUCAUGUAGUUACUGAUAAUGCUUUAAAAAAUGUUUGUUUUUAAUCUCUGUGUGUGCUCUUAUGUGCAGUCUUGGACAUUUACUGAACAUAUUGUUCACAUUAAGUUGUCUUUUGAUUACAGAGGGGGAUGGAUAUUGUUGUAUAUUAUGUAAUUCAGUGUGGGAAUGAUAUUUAUGUCCGCUCUUUCAUUGUGUGUCUCGGAAAAGCACUUGAGAGAAGUGCUUUUUGUUCUUACUCAUCAACUUAGCUGAAAGGUGGAACGCAUUUUUUCUCUCCUUAGACAGCAGUAAAUUGCCUAAAUUCUACAAGACGCUGCAGACCUAGAAGCUUUUACUUGUCACCUUGAUUUUAGGCCAAAAGGUUGAGCGCAAGAAAUAUACGAAGACAGAAAAUAUAUCCAGAAGCACUCAAUGGUAUUCUGCACAAGCUGACAGCAGGUUUGCAGCUGUGACGGUUUUCCGUGCAUUGCCGUGACAUUUAAACUACUUGUGAAAGGUCAAAAUCUACCAGUUUGCCAUAUGCAUAGUAAGUGGACUUUCCUGUCGUGGGACUGAAUUAUAGCGGAGGUUUCUGCAGAUGGUCACACUAAAAAUCAUCUGAUCACAUGACAGGAGAAACAAAGAAGAGGUUUGAAACGUCAAUGCACUUAAAUUUGCUUCUACUUACAAGAUGAAAUGGUACUUACUCACUUUUGCAUUUAGUUUCAGAUAAAAGAAAAGAGCUAAAAUGAACUUUGUGCAGCAACCUGAGCACUUGAGACAAAAGGUUAUAUUUUAUACGGUGCAGGCUCCCUGUGUCAUUACAGUCAAAAGAUUUAUAGUUUUCCAAGAAUCAGACAGAAUUUGAGGCCCAUAAAAAAAGAUGAAGAACCUUUCUUUCACAAUCAGAGAUUUUUAAAAAUGUGACUGUGCUAUAUUCUGCCUGUCUGCUCAAGUGUAACUCAUGUUAAUUAUUGCAAGACAAGAGCACAUGCCCCUGGGUCUGUGAUGUUCAGAGCAGACCAUGCGUAGAGAGAGGGAGGAAAGAGAGCUUGGAUGUGAGAGAGCGAUGGGAAAUUAAUGUGCGUUCAAAUCAAACAAAAACUAACAAAAUCUGACAGUUAAAAUCUAACAAGGGCAUAUUUGUUUAGAUUGCCUGGUGAAUUAUGCAAACUCUCAUUUUCUGUCCUGUUCUCCAGUCAAUCGGAAAAUUCCACGCUAUCAUCUAAGCGGUGGAACUUUUUCCAAAACUGUAGCUGAUGUGAAUGUCCUGUAGUGCUCGAUGACAUGAAAACACCAGAAGCCCUGUGGGAAGUAAUCUGGAGUGGCCAAAACAUUGUUUCCACAAAAUUGUAAAUAGCAGAAUAGUAAAAUGUUUAAUUUAUACAGUAAAUUAUUGUUAUUUUGUAUGUGAAUGGGAUAUAAUCUAUCUUUUGUAUAAGUGAAGUACCUUUGUAGUUUUAUUUAAUGUGUCCUGGUUGCAAAAUAAACACUGUAUGCAUGUUUCUUAA